CCGACACUUUCCAUCCUCGUUCACUCCGAUCGAUGACCAACUCGCUCGCCGCCGGCUCCGAUGCAUCCCUGAACCUCGCCGCCGCGUCAUCGGCGAGGACGGAGACGACGGUGGCCUCAUCAUCAUCGUCUUCUCUCCAUGGAGCUCUUGGAUUUGCCACCAUGAUGUUCAGCACUGAGAUCAACCAAAUGCCGGACUUCCCUCCUGUCAACAGUGGCCAUCGCCGGGCGCAUUCAGAGAAUCUUGGCUGCCAGUACGGUUUCAGGUUCGAUGGAGAACUCAGGGUCGUCGGCUCCGGUGCCGAUGAGCCCUCGUCGGAUGAUACGGAUGAAGAUGUGUUUGCGAUGUUCAUCGAUACGGAGAAAUUGGAGGCGGAUCUUACAAUGGAUGCUGAGGCUUCGGCGAUAAAACCGGCGGAUGUGGCGGUGGCUGCGAGUGAGAGACCGGCGAGGAUCAGGCAUCGGCGUAGCUUGUCCGAAGAGGGAUCCUCUGCGAUGAGGGCGGAGAUGGUCGUGGGUCGAAAUAGGGGUACUAGUCGUGUGGAGGGGAGAAGGGCCAUUUCUUCUGAGCAGCUUGAAGAGCUUGCUCUGGUUGAUCCCAAGCGAGCUAAAAGAAUUCGGGAUAAUCGGCUAUCGGCGGCGAGGUCGAAAGAAAAGAAGAUGCGCUACAUCCAGGAGCUUGAGAUGAGGUUGCAGACCCUGCGAGCUGAAGCAGCUGCAUUAUCUGCAGAGUUGAGCAUGUUGCAGAGAGAGAUACAAGAGCUGAUGAUUGAAAACCAUGAGCUGAGGAUGGAGUUGCAGCUGAUAGAACAGCAAGUUCAGAUACAAGAUGCUGUGAACGACAGUCUGAGGGAGGAGCUUCAGCGACUGAGGUUUAUCGCAAGCCAACUAUUUCAAAUUGUCCGGAUGCCGAUUGGAGGACCAGUGAUGAACUAUGGACAGCAAUUCAUUAAUCCUAAUCCUCCCGUGCAAGCUCAUCUUCCGGUGCAUCAGCUCCAGCAACUUCAGAUCCAUCAGCCCCAGCUUCCUGCACAUCAGUAUCAGCUUCAGCAGAAUCCAGAACAGCCACAGGUGGACUUUGCUGAAUUCUUCUCCAUCAUCUUCAUCAUCCUCCUCGGCAUCUACUGAUCUGGAAGUGGAAGUUAGUGGCAAUUCUGCUGAUCAGAAUGAGAACCCAUUGGACAAUACUGCUGCUCCAAUGGAGUGAUGAUGAGAUCAAACUGGAGUUUAGGGGCUUGUUCUGUGGGUGUUUAUAUUUGCUCAGACUUAGUUAUUAUUUAGUUAUGUUUCUCAGUUGGUUAUAUGUGGUGGUGGUGGUGGUUUAUGCUUGCUAAGACUUAAGUUAAUGUUUUAGUUUCUGAGUUGCUUAUAUGUAUAGGGUUUGCAGCAUCAGCAAUUCAUCAUGUAAUAUAUUCAUCUCAGCAGUCUGUCUUUGCAAUGGAUGCAAUAGUAAUUGAACUUUUAUGUUAUUCAUGAAUUUGGUUUC